CCCCGUCCUGUCGGGGCCGUCAUGGCGGGUUUGCUGAAGAAGACUACCGGCCUUGUGGGAUUGGCUGUAUGUGAAAGUCCACACGAGAGGCUAAGAAUAUUGUGCACAAAGAUUCUUGAUGUUCUUGAGCAAAUUCCUAAAAACGCAGCAUAUAGAAAGUAUACAGAACAGAUUACAAAUGAGAAGCUGAGUAUGGUUAAAGUGGAACCAGAUGUUAAGAAAUUAGAAGACCAACUUCAGGGUGGUCAACUAGAAGAGGUGAUUCUUCAGGCUGAAAAUGAACUAAGUCUGGCCAGAAAAAUGUUACAGUGGAAACCAUGGGAGCCUUUAGUGGAAGAGCCUCCUGCCAAGCAGUGGAAGUGGCCAAUAUAAUCAUCAUUGAAUGACUAGUGUGUUCAUGGGAAAUGGAUGUAAUUAAAUGUUCUGUUAUAUUAAAAAUGUUUCUAUAUUAUUGACAUAAUCAAGAAAACUAAUACAGAGCAUAUUUAGGACACUUCUUAAAAUUGAUACUAUGGUAAUAGGGACUUGUGAAUCCAUUUUUGAUAUGUAAAGCAUUCAUUUAAGCUAUCUUAAAGAUUUUGUUGGAGUUUUUUUGUUGUUUGUUGUUUGUUUUUUACAGAGAGGUUGUGGAAAGAUUUGAAAGUUAAUUGGAAAAAUUCCUAUAGAUUUUCAAUGCAGAAGCCAUAACCAAAAUGUUAAGUAUUUAUAGUGGCAUCUUCAACACAUCAUUUAAUGAUUUUUAUCUUG